AUGGUGGAGACACGAAGGCAAAUUGAAGAAGACAGGAUGAGUGAAUUGAGCGACCAUCUUCUCAAUCACAUACUCUCCUUUUUGAAUGCCAAAGAGGCAGUUCAAACUUGCAUUUUAUCGAAAAGAUGGAUCAAUCUCUGGAAGACUCUUUCCACUCUUACAUUAAGUGUUGAUCAUUUUAGUACGGAAGAAAGUUUUGAACAGUUCAUAUCUAUGUUGUUGUCUCUUCGUGAUCACUCAACUGAUAUCCAUUCUCUCGUUUUCCACUUCCAAUGGACUCAUGUGCUCAGUCGUGACCUAUACCUAAAGACUAUAGAAUACGCCUUUUCGCACAACGUUCAACACUUUCAAAUCCUUUACACCGCUGUUAAACACCUUCCCUCCUGUUUCUUUUCAUCUCACACUUUAACGUCUCUUAAUCUUACUGGUAAAGAUUUAAUGGUUCCCUCUGGUUAUUAUCAAAUAUUCCCAUCUUCUCACUCUUUCAAUCUCCCAGCAUUAACCACUCUCUAUCUAAAGCACCUUUCCUUUUCUUGUAACGAUGAUGAUGAUGGUUCUGUCGUCGACCCCUUUUCCACAUUUAACAUGUUGAAUACUUUGAUCAUUGACCGCUGUGUACUUAGGGGUAAUGCACAAAACCUUCGCAUUUCAUGUACCAAGCUUCUCAAUUUAACUAUACGUAUGUAUGGUUGCUAUUCUACCAUCACCAAACCGGAUUUCAAAAUCUUUUUCGGACUAGAGUUAUAUGCUCCAACACUUCAUUCCUUUGUUUUCAAUGGUGCUGAUUAUAUUCCAAAAUUUGUUGGGAGCAAGACCGUUCUCUCUUCUAUCAAACAUCUAACUAUUCAUUUACAAUAUUGCUCGUGUUUCGAGGAGAACCCAGUAAAUUUAUUCAACUUGCUGGUUGAGCUUGCUAAUAUCGAAUCAUUGACCAUCACUCAUUGCGUUCUUAAGGUUCUUUCCCGCUUUCAUAGUUUAUUUGAGGUUGAGUUCCCUUCCUUGUGUUACUUGAAGUCGUUGAAUGUACGAGCGUUCGGAUCUUCAUGGAUAAUUGCUGAAAUGGUGGACUUUUUGCUUCAAAACUCACCCUCAGCAAAGUUUCGCUUCAUCGAGAGGUGA